AUGCCCCUUUGUCCAACAUGCCACUGUGAAUACGAUAGAAUUUCAUCACCGGGAUUAGUCAUUGUGCCAAUGGAUAUACAAUACUUCAUCAACUUCGAGGCCAAAAACCAAGAAAUGCGAAAGCAGACUGGAAAUGCACGGGAUGUUCCACGACGGCACAAUAUGCCACCCACUGUCAGAAUGAAUACCCCGAAUUUUACACAGACAAUAACGCAGGAGCAUAUGGACUUUACCGGAGGAUUUUUUCUCACCAACUACAUCGCACCGUUUUUUGUAGAUCAAGACAAGAUCACGGAUAUGAAGCCUUUGCAAUGGCCAGGAGCACCAAUGGCCACAUUCCGACAUGCCUUUACGGCGACAAUGAGCGCUUCAUCCUUUAUAUAUAAGCAUGCAUCCGUGGUGCGUGAGCUACAAAGCCUUUACAUGGCCUACUUCGCAUCAGAAGUCGACGUCGAUGAAAAUGGAGGGAAGUCAAAUAACGAUAGUGGAGAAGAGUCCUCUAAGAAGCGUAAAAGACCAACGCAAGAGGACCAGCCAGAGGACCAGCCAGAGGGGUACCAAAAUAAAAACACAUCGCCCCGUAAGCCGACCAACCCGACAGAAAGUCAUUUUAAGGGAAGCUAUGACAUUAUGAUGUUUGGGCCCAACAUGAACACAUUGGAAGCGAUUCGGCGAUGGGCUCAUAUAUGCCAUUAA